UCAACUAACGUAAUAUUACCCAAGAAUAAAAACGGUGCGCCGCUAUCUAGCUAACAAUGUUCACAUUUAAAGAUUUAAUCGCCUUAUCCUCAUUAAUACUGGUAGGAAGAAGAGAACGAAAACAUUGUUGAGGAGGAGGAGGGCAAAAUCCAUAAUUGUCCACCUGCAGAACAAGGUGUAAAAAGUGAAGGAAAAAAGGAAUUAUAUUUGGUAAGUCAUGGUAGAUUCGGAGCUGCCUUACUAGGGAUCCAGUACUGUACAUGUAUUUCUAUUCAAGGAAAUGGAUGAUGAUGAUGUCUAUGAUGGGUCUGAAGCAGAGGAAAUGGGAGAACCUAACAUUGAUGAUGUUUCUGAAGUUGAUAAUGAAGAAUCGGACAGUUUAGAUGUCAAGGGAAACACGAAUCACCGGCAGGAUCCAAAAACGGAAUUAACAGAAGCAGCCAAAAGUCUUAGUUGUGAAAGCAACUCAGCUCCAAGUUUUAUUUCAGAGUUAAGAAAAGUCAGAAAUACUAGUUAUCAUAAAUACAAGCCUAGUCCUGAUUAUCAUGAGUCCAGUGUUCAAAUUAGACAGCGUACAGCAGACAGACCCUUUCAGUGUGAUGAAUGCAAAAGAACCUUCACUCGUGCCUAUACUCUUCAAGUACACAUGCAAGUUCAUACAGGUGUGAAUCCAUUUUCAAAUAAUAUACCUCAUCAUGAAAAUGCCAAUGUCACUGACAGUUCAGAACGGAACCAAGGUUCUGAAGGGGAUGAGGAGUCAGAAAGUAGCCCAACAGGAUGUAAAAGUACAGAAAAAAAUAAUACAGGUGUAGUUACUAGUCCCAGUUCUGUUUUCUCCAAAAGCAGAAUGUAUGUUAAGCAUUAUGGAGGAGAAAAAACUUUUGAAUGCCCAGAAUGUGGAAAGGGUUUCACUCGUUCCUUUACUCUUAAAGAACAUAUGCGUGUCCAUACUGGUGAGAGACCUUUUCAUUGCUCUGUGUGUGGAAAGACUUUUAUUUCUAAUAGUGACCUGAAAAAACACCAUAAAAUUCACACUGGAGAGAGAACACAUCUUUGUCCCAUUUGUGGAAAGGCUUUCACAAUGAGUGGAGACCUUGGUAAACAUAUUAAAAUUCACACAGGAGAAAAGGACCAUGAGUGCUCUGUAUGUGGUAAGCGGUUCACCAAGAAUGGAAACCUUAAGCAGCACAUGAGAAGUCAUUCUGGUGAGAGACCUUACAAAUGCAAAGAAUGUGGGGUGAGCUUCACCCAGAGCUAUCAUCUUAAACGUCAUAUGGGAAAACAUAGUGGCAUUGGAGGGAAAUUCAAGUGCCAAGAGUGUGGUAAAUCAUUUCCAGAAAAUGGCUAUUUGCAAAGACAUUUGCGGGUUCAUUCAGGGGAAAAGCCUUUUAAGUGUUCCAUAUGUGAGAGAGGAUUUGCACAAAAAACUGCUCUUCAGAAGCAUCUUAUCCUUCAUCAGAAAGCGAGAGAGAAACUAGUGUGUCAAAUAUGUGGUGUUGAAUUCGAAGACAAAAAUUGGCUCUAUAUACAUAAAAUGAUGAUACAUUAUGGUAGACUGCCAACUUCUGCUGAAAAAGAGGCAAAUUUAACUGGAAACAAAGCAUUAUGUGAAGAAAAGAUGGAAAAAAUAUUAAAUCAAAUUAGAGGGAAUGAUGAAGUGAAUAAGGAUUUGGAAAAAAUAAAGGAUGACCAUCAUUCAAACUUGAAAGAAAUAGAUAAUGCUGUCUACAUAAAAGAAGAAAUGGUUACUUGUGAUCUUAAAGAAGAAGUAGACUGAUUACGUAUAUGUAUUAUUCAAAUGGUACACUGAUAAGUGAAGUGGAAUAAAAUUUUCUUAAAACUUUACAAACCUCUUAUUUUACUUAAGCUGUACUCCCCAGAAUGGUUCUGCAGUAGCCAAGAAAAGUCACUACUAUAUUUGGAUACCUAUAUCAUAUUUGUCAGUUGCUGCCAUGGCUGCCUCCAAUGAAGAAAUUAUUGUAAUAAUCUUGGUAUAAGUAUGUAACCUCU